CUUUCAGCGGAGGGAUACGCACGCAUAUAUACACAGGCUAUAUAGAUAUCGUUCUUUUCAAUGCUACCCCUUUCAAUUUCCAUACCUCACGGUGUAGCAGGAUCAGGGUACCUCAGUCGCAUUUAAUUCAAGAACGUUACCCGGAAAACAAGUCAAGAUGCCUGAAGAAAUGCGACAAGAGGAGGAGGCUGAAACCUUUGCCUUCCAGGCAGAGAUUGCUCAGCUGAUGUCCCUGAUCAUCAACACCUUCUACUCUAAUAAGGAGAUCUUCCUCAGGGAGCUCAUCUCUAACGCCUCUGAUGCACUGGAUAAAAUUCGAUAUGAAAGCCUGACUGACCCCACCAAGCUGGACAAUGGGAAGGACCUGAAGAUUGACAUCAUCCCCAAUGUUCACGAUCGCACUCUGACUAUCGUGGACACGGGAAUCGGCAUGACUAAGGCCGACCUGAUAAACAACCUGGGAACCAUCGCCAAGUCUGGGACGAAGGCCUUCAUGGAAGCCUUGCAGGCUGGUGCUGACAUAUCGAUGAUAGGGCAGUUUGGUGUGGGUUUCUACUCUGCCUACCUUGUGGCUGAGAAGGUGGUGGUCGUCACAAAGCAUAACGAUGACGAGCAGUACGCCUGGGAGUCUUCUGCCGGGGGAUCCUUUACGGUGAAAGUUGACCAUGGUGAACCUAUUGGCCGUGGAACCAAAGUUAUCCUGCACCUGAAGGAGGAUCAGACCGAGUACGUCGAGGAGAAACGUGUCAAAGAGAUCGUUAAGAAGCACUCCCAGUUCAUUGGUUACCCCAUUACUCUCUUUGUUGAAAAAGAGCGUGAUAAGGAGAUCAGUGAUGAUGAGGCUGAGGAAGACAAGACCGAAAAAGAGGAAGACAAGGAGGAAGGUGAGGACAAGCCUAAAAUUGAGGAUGUUGGUUCUGAUGACGACGAAGAUGCCAAGGACAAGGAUAAGAAGAAGAAGAAGAAGAUCAAGGAGAAGUAUAUUGAUCAGGAGGAACUGAACAAGACCAAGCCCAUUUGGACAAGAAACCCUGAUGACAUCACCACAGAGGAGUAUGGAGAAUUCUACAAAAGUCUCACAAAUGAUUGGGAGGACCAUCUGGCGGUCAAGCACUUCUCCGUGGAAGGCCAGCUGGAGUUCAGGGCUCUGCUCUUCAUUCCCCGCCGUGCGCCCUUUGACCUGUUCGAGAACAAGAAAAAGAAGAACAACAUCAAGCUUUACGUCAGGAGGGUUUUCAUCAUGGACAGCUGCGAGGAGCUCAUCCCAGAGUAUCUGAACUUCAUCCGUGGCGUGGUUGACUCUGAGGACCUCCCGCUUAACAUCUCCAGAGAGAUGCUGCAACAAAGCAAAAUCCUGAAGGUGAUCCGCAAGAACAUUGUGAAGAAAUGCCUGGAGCUCUUUGCAGAGCUUGCUGAGGACAAAGAAAACUACAAAAAAUUCUACGACGCCUUCUCCAAGAAUCUGAAGUUGGGAGUCCAUGAAGACUCACAGAACCGCAAGAAGCUCUCGGAGCUUCUGCGCUAUCACAGCUCCCAGUCUGGCGAUGAGAUGACCUCUCUGACAGAAUAUCUGUCCCGCAUGAAGGAUAACCAGAAGUCAAUCUAUUACAUCACUGGUGAGAGCAAGGAUCAGGUGGCCAACUCUGCUUUUGUGGAGCGGGUUCGUAAGCGCGGCUUCGAGGUUCUGUACAUGACCGAGCCCAUCGACGAGUACUGCGUCCAGCAGCUUAAGGAGUUUGAUGGAAAAAGCCUGGUCUCGGUCACCAAGGAAGGUCUGGAGCUGCCUGAGGAUGAGGAUGAGAAGAAGAAGAUGGAGGAGGACAAGGCCAAGUUCGAAAGCCUCUGCAAGCUCAUGAAGGAAAUUCUGGACAAAAAAGUAGAGAAGGUGACUGUGUCCAACCGUCUGGUCUCCUCCCCGUGUUGCAUUGUCACAAGCACUUACGGCUGGACAGCCAACAUGGAGCGCAUCAUGAAGGCCCAGGCCCUGAGGGACAACUCCACCAUGGGAUACAUGAUGGCCAAGAAGCACUUGGAAAUUAACCCCGACCAUGCCAUCAUGGAGACCUUGAGGCAGAAAGCUGAGGCCGACAAGAAUGAUAAGGCGGUGAAGGAUCUCGUCAUCCUGCUGUUCGAGACAGCCUUGCUGUCAUCUGGUUUUUCUCUGGAGGAUCCUCAGACACACUCAAACCGCAUCUACAGGAUGAUUAAGCUUGGACUUGGAAUUGAUGAUGACGACAUCCCUGCAGAAGAGCCCAGUGCAGCACCUGCUGCAGAUGACAUUCCACCCCUAGAGGGCGACGAUGAUGCUUCACGCAUGGAGGAAGUGGACUAAAGGCUAUCGGCCUUGAUUAUAUAUCAAUGCUUUGUAGUUUUAAUGGUGAAUCUUUUGACAGCCCGAUUUAAACAUCAUUUGUAUGGUUUCUGUAAAGAUGUAGUUGACCAAUUUGCACAGUUGCCAGCUUCAUUCCGAAUUUGUAAGCCAGAUUCAACUUCUGGCCAACAUUGUAUACACUUACAGGCAACUCAACCGAAGUGCUGCUUUCAAAGUUAUUGAUAGAUUAAGUAUUUUAAACUGUCAGGGAUCAGAAGAAUGUUGAGUGGAGCUCAAGAUCUUAGUCCAGGUGUCUGUAUUUGGCAUUUUUUGUUUUGCAAAAUAAAGCUGAACAAUUGAACUGA